AUUUCAUAAAGAGUACCUCUCCCUAAAUUGACCUUUAAAUUUCGAUGUGCUCCUGUUGUAAUUGUUGAUCUAUAUUCUUUGACAUCAGUCGCCAUGUCUUCUCCCAAUAUCUCAGAGAAGAUCGAGUCAUCACCAAACACAACCAACGAGAAAACAGCCCUAGAAACCACCCAAUCCCUGUCCAUAUCCCCAAACCACCCCGAUUCCAACCUCCACUUCGUCACCCGCGGCAAAGUAAUAUCCGACGACGAUGGCUCCGACGAAACCAUCACCGGCUACGACGCCGGUCAGAUGCGCGCUCGCGCACUACUUAGCAUCGGGCAAGAAAAGAAGCUGUUCAGAAAGAUAGACUGGCAUCUCAUGCCCUUGAUGUCGCUUAUAUAUCUGCUGAAGAAUCUUGAUGCUGCGAAUGCGGCCAAUGCGAGGAUUAUGGAUAAGGGGACUGAUCGGAAUAUUUUGACGCAGUUGGGCAUGACGUCGAAUGAUUUCAACUUUGUGACUACGUUGUAUUAUAUUCCGUAUAUCAUUGCUGAAGCACCUUCAAAUCUCCUGGUGAAGAAGGUCUUGCCCUCGAGAUGGCAAUCUAGAAUCAUGGUAACCUGGGGCAUAGCCCUCUGUUGCCACGCAGCAGUCAAGAAUAAGGAGGGGCUAUACACUGCUCGCUUCUUUCUCGGUCUAUUCGAAGCUGGAUUGUGGCCUGGUAUGCUCUUGCAAAUGUGCUACUGGUAUCGUCCCGACGAACUUGCUCGACGUAUCCUGUAUGUGACUGUACUUGGAUACUUCAGUACAGUUAUCGGUGGAGUUCUCGCUUUUGCGUUCAACGGCGUGACGACUGGAGGGUUGAAUGGAUGGCAAUGGUUGUUUCUUACGGAAGGAAUCGUCACCGUCGUAACCGGUAUCGUAGUAUUCUUCGCGUUGCCGGAUUUCCCAUCAGGAGCCUCCUGGCUCUCAGAAAACGAGAAAGCUUUCAUUCAAGCCAGACUUCCGGGCAACUCGCCUAGGUCUGCUGAAGCCAACUUCAGAUUUCGUGAAAUCCUUGAUGUUCUGAAGGACAAGAAGAUCUGGCUGUUUACACUUUGUUGGGCAUUCUUCACUAUCGGAACAACAGGACUCACAUUCUACCAACCCACCGUAAUCGCAAACCUAGGCUUCACAUCCAUCGCUCGCAGCCAACUUCUCAAUAUCCCCUCAGCCGUCGUAUCAGUAAUCGUAACCAUAAUCUUCGGUCUCCUCUCCGACGCAGCUCUCGUCCCACAACCCCUCAUCCCCCUCUCUUUCCUCAUCACCCUCAUGGCCUGCUACGCCGUCCUCUUCACCUUCCCCAACACCGGCGGCGUCUACGCAGCGACCAUCAUCGCAACGGGUGUUUCCUCGUCUUGGUACACCGUAAUGUGGCCCUGGCGUGUGCAAACCACAGAGCGAGCCACUGGGUCCGCUUUCGCUAUUGCGUUCGUGAACAGCUAUGGGCAGAUUGGGGGCGCGGUCGGGUCACAGAUCUUCAAUUCGAAGUAUGCUCCUCAUUAUGCGACUUCGUUUGGAGUGGCGAUGGGCAUGAUUGGACUUGCUAUUGUGAUGAAUUUGGUGACUUGGGGAUUCACGUAUAAGAUUGAUAAUGAGACGAGGAGGUUGAAGAGGGUGAGGGUGCUGGCUGGGAAGACGAACGAGACGGUUUUGGAUGAUGUGGAUAUACAUGCUGGUGAAAAGCCAAGGAGUGAGUCUGGGAGCAGUGCUUAGCUUGGAAGUAAUUGGCUUGUUGGCUAUGUUGAGCGUGAGAUGAGAAUAGACUGAGUAGUGUUGCGAGCAGCCGCUUAGCAGUCUGAUGGAGUUGAAUUUAUUGAUCUAAUCGAAAACUACUAGCCU